UCAUGUCCUGGGGUGCGGACGUGAGCCCGCGGUGACAGGAUGAGUCUGGCUCGGGUUAAUUUCAGCAACUUUUCAGCGGAUGCCGGGCGGAAAGAGGACGCGCCCCGGGAUGAGCGCCUGGCGCAGGUGGAGAUCGCGCUCCUCUCCAUCAUCUUCGUCACCGCGGGGAUUCUGAACUCGGGGCUCUUGCUGCUCCUGUGGAAGCGCAGGAAGCAGCUGUCCCGCAUGCGCGUCUUCGUCUUCCACUUGUGCGUGGCGGACCUGGUGGUGACCUUUUUCCAGGUUUGUCCGCAGUUGAUCUGGGACAUCACGGACAGAUUCGUGGGUCCGGAUGUUCUGUGUCGCGCUGUCAAGUACCUCCAAGUUGUCGGGAUGUUCGCCUCCACCUACAUGAUCGUGGUCAUGACCAUAGACCGGUACCAAGCCAUCUGCAACCCCAUGGUGACCUUCCAGAGGCGGCGCGCCAGCUGCAACGGGCCGGUGAGCGCAGCCUGGUGCGUCUCUCUCGUCGGCAGCCUCCCGCAGAUCUUCAUCUUCUCCCGGGUGGAGGUCGCUCCUGGAGUCUACGACUGCUGGGCCAAGUUCGUCGGCCCGUGGGGGCUCAGAGCCUACGUCACCUGGACCACUCUGGUGAUCUUCAUCCUGCCGAUCGUCACCGUCAUCGUGUGCCAGGCGCGCAUCUGCCACACGGUGCGCGUCAACUUCAGCACCAAGUCGCAGCUGAGCGCGGAGUCACUGCGCAGGCAGGUGUCGUCCAGGACCAGCGGCGCGGCAGCGGUGUCCAAAGCGCGGGUGAAGACGGUGAUGAUGACGGUGGUCAUCGUGCUCGCCUACGUCAUCUGCUGGGCGCCUUUCUUCACCGUGCAGCUGUGGUCGGUGUGGGACCUGGCGGCACCCACGGACUCUGCCACCUUCACCAUCCUGAUGCUGCUGGCCAGUCUCAACAGCUGUGUGAACCCCUGCAUCUACUUGAUGUUCAGUGGCCAGCUGCCCCACAGGCUCGUGUCGCUGAUCUGCGUGGGAAAACCUGACCUCGGGGGAUCCAUCCAGGAGGACGCCACCGUGGUCAGCUCGCUCUACAUCAGUCUGAAGAGCCUGUCAGACUGCAGAUGAAUGUUAGGACGUCCAUCGUUUGCUCUGGUCUUAGAACAGGGGUGGGGAACCUUUUUGAGUGGGAAAAACCCACAUAUUUUAAAAUGUAAUGACCAACGCCUGUGAAUGGUUGAGAGCAUCAUGGGACUGAGCCUGCUGUUGGAGGGUGAUGGCCAAACCGGAUGGUUAAAACGGAAAGAAGUCAGAGAAUCUGCAGUCAGUUCUGACAGUAUUUCACACUCCAAUGUAGUUCAAAGAGCCGGACUCCUUGUCGAAAGAGCAACGUGUGCCUCGCGAGCUAUAGGUUCACAACAAUGUCGUAUCAUUGGGUUGCUGUUUAGUACAAAACUGUUUUGUGUGAGUGUAAAAAACGACUCAGUGUUUUGUUUGAUUUAUUUCCAGAUGUUGUCACAUUGUUUGAUGAUGUUGUGUUUGCUCCACACACAGUGUUGUGAUGCUGCUCUCACAUCCCUGCAGCCUCUUUGAGGCCUGAUCUUUCAGAAUCUCAGUGCUCCAUGCGUCCGCAUCAGUCCCUACCUGGCCUCAUGCUGAGCACCAAAUUAUUUCUUCAAUUAUGGCCGCUGGUUUAACAGGGGCUCUGAUGCUUCUUCGCAUGGUUAUUCUAUUUAUCACAGCUGGAGGGCUGACGUCAGUCACGCUGGAUGGUGGUGGAGCGGAGGUAGUGUCGUCUCCCGGCCAUGUGAACCAGAUAAUGGCUGUGGACUGCUGUAUUUCAAACCAUCAGUUUAAAAUUGCAGGCCGUGUUUUCCCCCAGUCCAGCAGCCGCUUUGGACCUGCUGUAAUGUGGAGUGCCUGCUGUUGUGUUUGCAUCCGUGCACAGCAUGCACAGUCGCUGCUGUGGUGGAUACAGGAGGAAGGAGAAGAAGACAGAGCAGGCCAGACUCAGCAGGCCUUCAUCUCAAACACCUGGCAGGGCUGUCUUCUUCUGGACUUUCUGCUGCCUGGACUUGAAUUCAGAAGACCUUUCACCUGAGUGGAAUAUUCUCAUUCUAAUGCACUGCUCCAAUGGAAGCUCUUUCACCGAGCCAGAGCUGUUACUUUUUUGUUGCUGCUCCAUGAACAAGGAGUGUCCCGACAGAGACCUCGUGUCACAGCGUCACUCAGCAAACUCAGUGAAUAUUCUCUCAGGGUUUGUCAGGUUUUCACUCCAAGUGUCUUUUAUUUGCAUGGAAUGAGCCACUUAGACGUAUUUAUUAAGAGUUUGCAAGUGUUGGAUUUGUCGCUGCUGUGUUUGCUGUGUAGUCCGUUGUCUUGCACAUGAUUUCCAGUGAGCUAAAUAUUGUUCAGUUGUUGAUUUGUGGUUUGAUCCGUGUCCUU